UUUGCGGGCCGAGAGGGCGAGGCGUUCGCCGGUCCGUCCUGACGAGGCUUCCCUUCCUACGUCUCAGGUGUUGACUUUAAAGUGAAGAAAAUGGUGGUAGACGGCCAUGCAGUACAGCUUGCCAUAUGGGACACAGCAGGACAGGAGCGCUUUAGAACGCUGACUCCCAGUUAUUACCGAGGAGCUCAAGGGGUUGUUUUAGUGUAUGAUGUUACAAGAAAAGACACUUUCGCAGGACUAGAGAGCUGGCUGAAUGAGCUGGAAAUGUAUACCACCAAAAGCAAUACGGUGAAGAUGUUAGUUGGCAAUAAAACUGAUAAGCCUGAUCGUGAAGUAGAGAGAAGAGAAGGACUCCAGUUUGCUAGGAAACGCUCGCUGCUUUUCAUAGAGACCAGUGCCAAGACACAAGAUGGAGUGCAACAUGCCUUUGAGGAACUAGUCAUAAAGAUCCUGCAGACACCAAGUCUUUGGGAUAAAAGCACAGAGAAGCGGGGAGUCCAGCUAAUGGAAUCUUCAGCACAGGAGAAUAAAAGCUUAUGUGGGGCAUACUGUCCACUUUUGUAAAUGGACAGGUGACUGUUCUGUCUCAAUGGAGUGGACUACUUUUUUAAAAAAGGGGGUGGUGAAUUCCAAGCACUAGCCUGUGCUUUGUUUGACCUGCCACCAGUUCUAUAGAUCCAAAACUGAUGAACAAAAACCAUUUUUGUUCAUUAACAAAAUACAAUUUAUCCUUCCCUUAUGCACAGCUGAUAUCUCCAGAUAUAGUUCUGGUAAAUAACUAAAAUACUGAUUUUUUUUUUUUUUUUUUUUUUUUUGGAACCCCUAAGUUUGUGUCAUGACGAUGCUUCAGGUGUUAGGGAAAUCUUCACGUAAAUGUAGAGCAGGGGGCUUGCCCUGGCCUUUGAGUCACCAAAUAAAAGUAAUGAUAGAAGGGAUAAGGACUGGAAAAAAGAAAAUUAAAUGUGUUCCUGCUUUCCUAUCUUGUUGGUUUGUUCAUA